AUGGCCGCCGACACUUACGGACAUCGCUUCAUGUACAACGAGAAGGACAUCUUCCCCGGCGACGUCAUGCUGGAGUACUCCACGGAGGAGUGCUACCUGUCCUGGCCGCGGUCGCCCGACUCGGGCCGCUCCAGCCUCGAGCCGACCUCCUCCGUCGACGGCGCGCAGGAGUCGGCGCACAUCGCGUACCGGGGGAUAUCGGACAACCUCAUGCUGGAGGACAGUGCCGAGGACGCGGAGCUGGACGCCGGCAAGAGGCGGGGCCGCGCCACCAGCGCCGCGGUGCUGAGGAGGCGCCGCCUGGCCGCCAACGCGCGGGAGCGGCGGCGGAUGCAGAACCUGAACAAGGCGUUCGACAGACUCCGAGGCCACCUCCCCUCGCUGGGCGCCGACCGCCAGCUCUCCAAGUACGAGACCCUGCAGAUGGCUCAGACCUACAUCGCGGCGCUCUACGAGCUGCUCCAGUGA